UAGAAGUCCUUGUUGUUAUCGAUCAAGGAGAAAAGAUAAGAGUGGAGUUAAUGGCUGUGUUUCUACCGGCGGGGUUCCGCUUUUGUCCCAGCGAUGAAGAGCUUGUACGAGACUACUUGUUGAAGAAGGCGAUGGGUGAAGAGCUUCCCUGGGACGGCAUCGGUGAGUGCGAUAUAUACGGUGAAAAGCCUCCCUGGGAAAUCUGCGGCGAUCUGGAGGGUGAGAAGGUUUACUUUUUCGCGAAACUGAGAAAACUAAACAAAAGUCGAGUGGCACGAACUGCCGGAUCUGGGGUUUGGCAUGAGAACUCUUCUCAUCAUAUAUAUGAUGAGGAGGGUGAUGUUAUUGGGGCCAGGAAAUUGUUUUGUUUCAAGGUUAAAGAUGGCUCGACCAUGAAGAGAUCGGACUGGUUAAUGCACGAGUUUUCACUCGUUGGGGAGCAUGAACCGAGUACCAGUUGGGUCCUCUGUACCCUUCAAAAGAAAGGAUCAGAAUCAAGGAUUGGGAUCAAAAGGCGCCGUGAGGAUGGAUCCCAGCAAAGAAAGAGGGUUUGCUGUGAAAUUGUUCAAUCCGAUGGGCCUCAAGCAAACUAUGGAACGCCCGACGCUGAUUCGGAAACCCAUAUGGAAGGAACGCCCGAGACUGAUUUGGAAACCCAUAUGGAAUUUUGUCUACCAGCUGGUGAUAACUCUGAUUCAGAGUUUGAUUGGGAAACCUUCAUGAACAUCGUGCCCCCAGAGGGUGGAGAUCUGCCGCAUGGGACAUUGGAGGAUUUUUGGGAUGGUGACAUAAGUACUUUAUUUGCCUAAAGGCUACAAUGAAUUGAGGCAAAUUGUUCAGAUCAAAACCAAGUGUUUUUGUUUUGCUGUUGGUGUCUCUCAAGAGAUGGGAAAAAAUUGUAAAUUUUUUAUUUGUUUGUUAUAUUUUGCUGGAGCAUAAUUCCAGUUCAACAUAUUGUAAGUCUCCCAAUU